GCGGCGGAGAAAUGGACGAGAAGGACGAAGACCUCGGUGCCUUUGAUCCAAACAUACCAGAGGAGGGACCAUCAGCGCCCCCUCCUGGCUGGCUGGAUGACAUACAUGGAUACCAGGGUCACAAAGGAGGACAGGAUGACAAUCCGUUGUACCCACCCCCACCUGCCUACAACCCCCAGCCUGAGCUCAACAGGAACACCCUGGUGCCCAACGUCAGGGUCCCCACGAUAUCGGAGGAUAUGGCCAGAGACGCCCUGCUCAAGUUCGUGGAGUCAAAAUGGAGGUACAGCUCCAAACCUGCCAGGAACCUCACCUUCAAAGAGCUCAAUCCCAUCACUGUCUACAGGUAUCGACUGGAGACCUACACCGAGACCAGAACCAGCGCCUGGCAGUUUGAACCCUACAAUGGACAGGUGGUGGACGGGCCUCAGUACGGUAUGUCCCCUCCACCGUGGGACGUCCCAGUGACAUUACCUCAGAGAUACACCGACGUGGUGGAGAAGAUCCGCGUGCCGCACACGUCCUUCGUCAAGACGUGUCACACAUGUCACGGCUGUGGAAGAACUCGGUGUAUUAGCUGCUUCGGUAGAGGCCAGAAGCGUUGCACUUUCUGCCACGGAAACGGUCGCUCCAGGAACAAGCGUUGCACCUCCUGUCACGGCCGAGGUCGCAAGAGGUGUCUCUCCUGUCACGGCCACGGCUACAAGACCUGCUCCGUUUGCCACGGCAGCCAAAACCUGAUGCACUUCAUCCUGCUCACGGUUACCUGGAAGAACAACGUAGAGGAAUUCAUCCCUGAUCGUCAGCCCGACUUCCCCGACAAGAAGUUUGAGAAGGUGACAGGAGAUCCUUUCUUCAUCGACCAGAACCUUCUGGUGUACCCCAUCCAGGGUUUCCCCGAUCAGGAGAUCUGUGACGCUUCUACAAAACUGAUCAACGGACACCUCAAUCGCUUCAGUGCCACCAGCCGCAUCCUGCAACAGCGUCAGAGCAUCGAGCUGGUUCCCCUGACUCACGCUUUUUACUUCUACAACGGAAAAGUCCACGACUUCUUUGUCUACGGGACAGAGAACAAAGUAUUUGCCUCUAAAUAUCCCACCGCAUGUUCCAUUUUAUAAGUAGCAGGGAUUUGUGGUGGUUAAGGUGAAGUUACGACCCCAAACACUCCAACGUGUCUCACGGACAGAAGUCAGAACACGGGUCAUUUCUUUAAUGGUUCAUGAGACUGUGAUGUGUGAGAAAUCUACAAUCUAAACUUGCAAUUCAUUCUCAAAACAGUGUGAAAAGCAGUAGAUGUUCUGAAUGUGGCCUUAAUGUCAACAACAGUCUGGUUAUCAUGUGUCCAUGUGAGCACCCGACUAGUGUAACUAUAGUAAUCCUUCAUGGUUAACCUCACAUAUGCACUAGUUUAAUCCUACGAGCCUGCAGGCGUCAAAGGGUCAAAUUUCUGAUAAUCUGUGUGCACGGAUUAAUUAGUCAUACCUAUAAUUUAAUAAACUGUGACCUGGGUGUUUCAGUUUAUUCCCCAAAACUAGAGUCAUGUUGUUUUUAUAGCUGUGGGAACAGAGGUUGCAGGUGUUUACAGCAGGUUAGCAGCCGUGUUUCACCUAAAUUAAUGAACGAAGCCCCUCAAAUAAAUGAUAAAUUAUCCCAUCCAUUCAUCUCUUUAUCAUACAUACAGACGUAUCUGAUUAUUAUUAUUAUUACAAAUGAGGAUUUAGCACUCCUCGUUUACCUUUGGCUGCUAUAGUUAGACACGCUCUGUUAGCAUUAGCCUGCGUGCUAAUCUGCUGUAGCCGCGACAGUUGACAGGUGGUGGAUGAUCUAAAAGGGCUACGUGGUUCAUAAUAUUGGAUUAGGAUUUAAGGGCUGAGAUUCAUGAGUAGUAGGUUAUUCUUUUUAAAUUUAUUUUUUCUCGUUAAUUAUGAAUUCAGGGCAGGUUUGGGCAAAAUGUCCAUGUCAGCCACAUACAGAUUAACCUUUAAAUAUCUCUGGUUGUAUUUGUCCAUUUUAAAUGUAAAUCAUUGAGCAGGACGGCUGGAUUUCAUUCAUCACGUAUCACCAUGUACAGACGGUAGUUUGACUUUCCAGACAAUAUGCUUUUAUAAAACAUAUAUAAUUUAAUCAGAUUUUAACAUCACAUCCUAAUUGGAGUUUACAAAUAAAGGUAAUUCACUUGAGUAUGAAUGAUUAAUUCUGUUGCACUGAAUCAAAGCUUUGCCCUCGACGUCCGUCAGGCUCCAUAUAACCCAGUAUAAUCCAGUAAGUGAACUGUGUGUGUGUACUAACGUCUACUACCUCUCUACUGUCGGCUCAGACUGAUCGCGGUGCGCUUCGCAGCCGGUGCUCACUCUUUGAGAUUCAGCGCUGAAUCAAAUCCCUCCAGUUCACAUUAACAGAGACGAUGUGAAUAUUAUGUGGUGAGAUGACGACAGAUCUUCUUGUCUCUGUAGCUCUGAGUUGAUUUUCAGGCGUCUUCGCUGUCACAUCCAGAGUGAAUCAGAAGCCAUACUCUGUUUUAUUGUUUAUUUUUACUUUUGAUGGACUGAAACACUUCUCCAUUUUCACUUACAUUUUUCCUGCCUUUUAUAAAUAUUAAAAAAAUAUCUUUUUAUACUGUAUUUAUCUGAAUUCCUUCCGUCUACAGACGGUGAAAUCCUGUGCAGUUUACAGUCACUUCCUCUGCACUGAUUCGUGUCGUUGGAUAAUUUCUAACUCCGUUUUAACUUCUGUCUUUACAUCUCUCAUCUGGCUCUUUGGUUUUAAACAUUUGGAUUAUCACCUAGGUAACGGCACACAGCUGGUGAUGUGCAAAGAACACUAAUCAGACAAAUCUAUCGUUUAUUCUGGUCUUGAAUGGGACUCAUAAUUUCAUUUUAGUCUGAAACGAUUACUGGAUUAAUUGUUCAGUUGAUUUGCAGAAAAAUAAUCAGUAAUUAUUCUGAUUUAAGUUGAUUUUCCAGCUUCUGAGCUGUGAAGACUUUCUGCUUUUAUUCAUCGUACCUGAUAAUAAACUGAAUAUCUUUUAGAUUUUAUACUCAAGUCAGGUGAAACUUUUCCACUGCUCUCUGACAUUUUAAAGACCAAAUGAUUGGUUGUGCAGUUGUGCAGUGGUUAGCACUGUUAGCACUUAGCUGGGAUUGGCUCCAGGAGAUGAAUCAAUAUUGAAAACAUUUGUCAGUUGCAGCCUUACCUAACAGAUAAAGAGUUUUUGACAUUUAUUUAGUAUCAUACCAGUUACAUCUUCGCUUGUUGGACGGUCCAGCAGGUCAGGAAACUAAAAUGUGCCAGUUUGAUAUAAAAUCACACUCACAGGAAAAGCACUUAACACACAGUACAGUACUGUAUAUCUACGCUCUCUCUCUCCUCUCUGUGCCUCAGUGACGCGUUGCUUUAACGACUGAACAAACCUUUAACAUUGUGCACACGUUAAACACGAUGUUCUUUUACAGCUACAGGCCAAAUAAAGACCCGUUAUCACAGUUUACACAUGGAGACUUUCUGUCUCAGGACUCACUGACAGUUUGUCAUUUUGAUAAGUGACUGUUCAUAUCACAACUUUUCUAUCAGAGGAGAUUUAUUUUUCUUUGUGUGUUAAAUCAAAGGGUUUUUAUUUUCUUUUAGAAAACAGUAAAUCUAGUGUCUCAGUUUACAUCUAUGGAAAAUACUCAUUCAUAUUUCAGCUCUUUUUUUUUUGUACGUCUGACAAUGUCUCUGUGAUUGUUAAAGAAUUUUAUCAGUUUGAAUUUUAUAUGUAAAAGAUAUUUUAUUAGGACAUGUGAGGCUUCACUAUCACGUCCAGAAAUGAAGUAAAUUUACAGCCUCUUGUGUUUGUCUCCACUUUUACAACUUUACUUGGUAUUGUGUGUGUCGUGUAGUCCAGUUAUCUCUGUCUAAACUUAUUACAGCUAAAGUUACAAUUUAAAGUCAUGUUGUUCAUAAAUAAACAUAAUAAAACCUGUUAAAUAUAUUCAGUAAAGAUGUCACAAAUAAACUUUCCUGUUAUCAUCCUGCUGUGUCUGAGCGCUUCUACUCUCCUGAGAUCUAGUUCGGACAAAACUGGUUCA